AUGGCUUUCAGGCGCCCAUUGACACUGUCCGCGAGGGCUUCGCUGCUGUCUCCGACAGCAGCUGCUGCUCGGUCUCGCACUGCUACGGCGCUGCCCCGAUUUGAGAGCAUCCGCUCCUCCUCCAGCUCGACCUCUGCUCUGGCAUACAAGUCAUUGCACCGCCGCUCGCCGCUGACCCUGCCGGUUGCGGACUCCUCUCCCCAGUGGGAUGCACCCACUGCUGUUUCGUCUAUCUUGUACGAGACCCCAACGCCGCCAACCAAUCCCCCGAAGCGCCACAUCCUGAACUGUCUGGUUCAGAACGAGCCCGGUGUGCUGUCCCGUGUGUCCGGAAUUCUGGCCGCCCGUGGCUUCAACAUCGACAGCUUGGUUGUUUGCAACACUGAGGUCGAUGACCUCUCUCGCAUGACCAUUGUGCUGCAGGGCCAGGACGGCGUCGUCGAGCAGGCGCGUCGCCAGCUGGAUGACCUUGUCCCCGUCUGGGCUGUGCUGGACUACACCGAGUCUGCUCUGGUUCAGCGCGAGCUUCUGCUUGCCAAGGUCUCCAUUCUCGGCCCCGAGUUCUUCGAGGAGCUGCUCCAGCACCACCGCGAGAUCAUCACCCCCGAAGGUGAGCACCAUGCUCACAACAUUCAAGAAAUUGAAUACCACCCUCGCAACCUACCCCCCAGUCAGGCUUUGCGUCACAAGCACGAGCAUUUGGAUGCUAUCACACGCCUGACUCACCAGUUCGGCGGUAAGAUUCUGGAUAUCAGCACCAACAACUGCAUUGUUGAGGUCUCCGCCAAGCCCAACCGUAUCGACUCCUUCCUCAAGCUGAUCGGUCCCUUCGGUAUCCUCGAGUCCACCCGUACCGGUCUCAUGGCUCUGCCCCGUUCCCCUCUGUCCGAGCCUACUGAGGAGAUUGAGAAGGAUGCCGCCGACGUCGUCGAUGCCAGCACCCUGCCCCCUGGUUAA